AUGCGUAGGUCAGUCGGUGCAUUAGAUGCGCAAACACGUCUUGCAGGUCAUCAUUGCGCAAGCCAUCAUUUCGUCUCGUUAAAUGAAACGACGGCUUCUGGGCUUCCGCCACGUCAUCGCACACUCGAACCCACUGUCAGACCGUUACGUCUCUCGAGAGAGCCAUGCCCUUUCGUUUCGAAUUCUAGCGCCAAUAUAAAAAGCCUUGCCUUCUUCAUUUUUCUUCACUCUUUCCCCUCCAUUCUAACCUGCUCUAAUGGCUCCCCUUGUAGCUUCUCCAGAACCGGGGUUGAGCCAUAUCCGCGGAUCCUCGCGUCGUGGCCUGAUCCAGAUGGUUUUUCCCCUCCUGCUGUCCACCAACCAUCCUUCGCCUUGGAAAGUGGACGUGGGCCAGGGCCACGAUGUGGCCGAGACUCCUUCUCGGCCCUUGGGGAGGAUGACCUUCCUCCUUAUGAGGCCGUGGAGAAACUGUAA